GAUCUUGGCAGCGUUGGCAGCGCCACACGCCAGCCACGCGCCACACGUAAACAAACAGCAAAACCGCGUCAAAAUGGCGGAAAAACGAAAACACGAUGAUGGUGAGGCGCCGGCGGAUGACGGCUCUGACGAGGAUGUCAUCGGUCCUCUACCGUCCGAGGCGGCCAAACCGAAGAAGGUCAAGUUCCUCCCGUUCGAGCACGUCUACUUGGACAACCUGCCGUGCGCCGACGGGUACGAGAAGAGCUACAUGCACCGCGACGUGGUGACCCAUGUGAUCGUCACCAAGACAGAGUUUGUGAUCACCGCCAGCUGCGACGGGCACCUGAAGUUCUGGAAGAAGAAAGACGACGGAAUCGAGUUCGUAAAACACUUUCGGACUCACCUGGGGAACGUGCAGGACAUCGCCGCCAACUCGACGGGUCUGUUCCUUUGCUCAGUCUCGAACGACAAGUCGCUUAAGGUGUUCGACGUCGUCAACUUUGACCUCAUCAACAUGAUGAAGUUACCCUACACCCCAGGUCGCUGCGAGUGGGUGUACGGCUCCGGGGAUGCCAUCGCCGCAGUGGCCGUCUCGGACGCUGAGUCCGGCAAGAUCUACGUCUACGACGGCCGAGGCGACGAGAAUCCGCUGCACGCGCUGCCGUCCCUCCACUCGGCGCCGCUGUCCGUCCUCAGGUACAACGUUAAGUUCGAGACGGUCGUGUCGGUCGACAAGAAGGGCAUCCUGGAGUACUGGACGGGCCAGCGCGGCGACUACGGCUUUCCCAAGUGCGUCCGCUUCGAGUCCAAACUGGACACGGACCUGUACGAGUUUGUCAAGGUCCAGUCGUACCCGACGGGGCUGGCCUUCUCGCCAGACGGCACCCAGUUCGCCACGGUGAGCACAGACCGCAAGGUGCGCGUCUUCCGCUUCAUCACGGGCAAGCUGACGCUGGUGCUGGACGAGAGCCUGCAGCACCUGUCCGAGCUGCAGCAGAUGCAACAGCAGCUGCCCGACAUGGAGUUCGGGCGCCGCAUGGCCGGCGACCGCGAUCUGGAGAAGUCCGAGGCCUUCCACUACUGCAACGUGACGUACGACGACAGCGGCCACUUCCUGCUGUACGCGACGCUGCUGGGCAUCAAGCUGGUGAACCUGCGCACCCACGCGUGCAGCCGCCUGCUGGGCAAGAACGACAACAUUCGGCCUCUGCACCUGGCCCUGUACCAGGGCGUGCCCGGGCGGCAGGCGCCGACCCUGGAGACGCAGGCGUCGGAGAACCCGACCCUGCAGGCGGCCGAGGCGGACCCCACGAUCGUCUGCACGGCAUUCCGCAAAAACCGCUUCUACCUGUUCACACGGCGCGAGCCGGACGAGGGCAAGACGGAGGAGCGAGACGUGUUCAACGAGCGGCCGUCCAAGGAGGACAUCAUCUCGGCCACGGAGUCCUCGGCCCAGCAGCGCUUGUUCCCCACGGCCAUCGUCCACACCUCGAUGGGGGAUGUCCACGUCAAGCUGUUUGUCAAGGAAUGCCCCCGCACGGCUGAGAACUUCUGCGUCCACGCCAAGGCGGGCUACUACAAUGGCCACAUCUUCCACCGGGUCAUCAAGGGCUUCAUGGUGCAGACGGGAGACCCCACGGGCACGGGCACCGGUGGCGAGUCUAUCUGGGGAGGCAACUUCGAGGACGAGUUCCACCCCACCCUGAAGCACGAUCGGCCGUACACACUCAGCAUGGCCAACGCGGGACCCAACACCAACGGCUCCCAGUUCUUCAUCACAGUGAUUCCUGCUCCGUGGCUGGACAACAAGCACACGGUGUUUGGACGCGUGGUGCGGGGCAUGGAGGUCGUCCAGAACAUCAGCACGGUUCGGACGAGCCCCAAGACGGACAAGCCGUACGACGACGUGCGCAUCGUCAGCAUCACUCUGCGCUGAAUCGGGUCGCAUCCCAUCGUUGGGGACAUACAUCACAUGGUUCAUGCCAUCACACGCAACUUCGUGUACAUAAGACACACGGCAUAAUGUGGAACGAAAGGCGGAAUGAAUGAUUGAUUAAAGUCUGUUGAGCUGGGGCCCUAAUCUACACGGCAGGACCGAGGGACAGAGAUAUUGCCGCUUGCUGCAAUUGGACAACUCUGCGCCGCUGACCAAUCGGAGCAGGCGGCGAUGUCCCGGUCCCUCGGACCCGCCGUGUAAAUUAGGGCCCCUGGAGUUACUGAAUAGGGAUGCAUCUUCGGAAGUUUGAAUGAGGGAAUGCUUUUACCAAUUAUAAAUGUUUCUCCUAGUAAAACUGUGCCGAUUUAUGUGA